AUGCUUGCUUUAUUUGCACUUUUCCCAUUCUCUUUACAAUAUACCCCAUUUGAAGGCUGUACACCAGAAAAUACCAUUCGGAUUCAACCUUCAGAAGUUAUUACAAAGUCUUUUGCUAAAGAUGAAUAUUCACCAUUAUGUAUUCAAGGGUCUAUAUAUUUUGAUUCAAACAGAGUAUUCACAGCAGAUUGGAGAUUUGAUACAGUAGAUGGAGAACUCGGAAGUUUUCAUAAUGAUGAUGGCGUAGAAUUAAUUGGCAGUCGUGAUAAAAUACCCUAUAUCAAACUAAGACCACGAGAUCUUUACAGCCCAAAUAUUAUAACAAUUGUUGGAAUUACAAUGUCAGGACCUUCGGAUUCAGGGUUUACUUAUCAAGUUUUUACUAAUAAGGAAUCUUUCAAUAAGAAAAUUACAAUUGAUAAAAAUAAUGAGUUGGGAAUUAUUGCAGUAAACCAAAACCCAUUAAAAUUUACUGUUAAUAGAGUCAAAAGUAAAGCUAUUAUCAAGGCUAAUGGUGAUGCUACAAAGAAAAUCGGAAAUAGAAUAAUUUUAAAUGUUCACAGACCUCAAGAUGAUUCAUCAUUCACUAGUGAGGAAGUAAAAAUUAAAUGUCAAACAGAUUCAAAUACUCAACCAGAACAAGGAUUUACAACACAGUUUGCCGAAAACCUUUUCUUUAUUAUUCCAGAGGCAGAAGGAGGCUAUCAUUCGAGACAAAUCAAUGAUUAUUCCAAUCAACAUAUUACUAUUUUUACAGAUGUUGAAUCAAGUGAAGAAGUAUACCAAGAUCCAUGUCUAGAAGGUGAAGAAGAAACAGAACAAGAGAAACCACAGGUUGAAACUAUGCCCGUGCCUGAUGGCGUUUUCUGCAAUGAAAUAAGAACUUCAUAUUCAGCAAUUGAAAGUUAUCUUAUUACUAUUGGAGCCGAAAAAACAUUAUGUAUGAAAGGAAGUUUUGUUUUUGCAUCUGUAGAUAAGUUCAAGGUCUCGUUAUACAAUACACAGAAUCUUAAUGAGAAUCCAGUAGAGAUGGAAAAUCCAUUUAGUGUUGCAGGCGAUACAUGCUUAAGCAUAAUUAAAUGCUCUGAUAAUUCAAAAGAGUGUAGGGUUCAUGCUGUUCCGAUAGUUACACCUGUAUCUAACGAAAAGGAUGGAACCCAAUUGUCAAUUUUCACAACAAAGAAUUCAUUGGAGUUAAAUCAUACAGUUUCAUUCAAAGAUGAAAAAUUUAAAUCUUUUGCAUUGACAUCCUAUAGUAACAAGAAGAAAGAAAUUGAAGUUAAAACUAAUAAUGAAAAAGUUUAUGGUAUUCUUCUGAGCGGUAAUGAAACUGGACUAAAUAAAUUUCAAGGUUUCACACUUCGGUCUUUGAUAUCUUUAGGUUGA